AUGUCGCACACCGAAAGCUCAGGCAUCGCCCCUCUCCGCCGGACUUCUCUCAUGGUUCAGCCUAGACCCAAGACCGCUUACGAUAAUCUCCCCGAGAACUACCCUGUUUCCUCACGGCCGGUUACUAGAAUGUCUUUGAUGCCCAUGAGCCGCACCCACGACGUAUUGGAUUGGGAGACAUUUAGCCACAACCAAGAGGAAACGGGUGGAGAGCAUGCCAUCACAGAAUUCGCCGACCCUUUCGCCGAUUUUUCAGUGGAACAUCCUCCACGACAAACACUCCACCAGCGGCGAUACUCGCAUUUCACGCAAUCCUGGAAACAUGGCAUAUCGGAGCUGAGGUCUUUGACUCGCAGAAUGUCGCUUACAGUCCGAAGCAGAAAUUCCAAACAGAGGGAGGACCUGACGGACAAACGGGCACCACCAGCCAUGCCUCUCAAACCCGGACACGAGAUGAUGGACAUGACAGAAGCUAUGUCCACGAGGCCAAAAUCCCGAGGCCGUUUGCUUCGAAGUCUUAGCACCAGAAGAAGACCGUCUUUGCCGCUUCUCAACACCCACGGCAUGCUUGAUGCGCAGCGCGAGGUGAUCGAUCCCGUACCAUUGACGGCUCGGGGGAGAGGGCAACCUGUUUUGUCGGAUCUGGUCUAUGGAGGAGCAGGAGCCCGAGCAUCUGCAGCUGCUCAGAAUGAAUUGUUCCAUGCCUCUAGAACACCUCCGCUGCCACCCUAUGAGCCACGACAGGGUGCGGAGAACAAAGCGGAGCAAGACGCUGAGAGCGGAAUUGGAAUUGUUCUCGACAGUCGCACCCGACGUGGUUCCUCUCCCGACAAUGCCCACGUCCUCUGCCAAGAUCCAACCUCGGUCCUCGCGACAGAAUUGUUGGAGACCAUCUUAUCAUUCCUCGAUGUCGAAUCGCUGACUCAAGUUGCGCUGGUCUCACAAAAGUGGCACGACUUGUGUCAGUCACAGGCGGUGUGGAAGGGAGUCUUUUACCGAGAGUAUGGAUCCCAGCUGGCAUCUCCGCUUCCUGAUUUUGCUCCAGCUGCAGGUCUUGGGAAAAACACGCCCGGGCAGGACUUCAGAAAGCUCUUCCAAGUCCGGACUCUGAUUGAUAAGCGCUGGAGAAAUGGGGAAGCCGCUGCUAUCUACCUGAACGGCCAUAAAGACAGUGUUUACUGUGCGCAGUUUGAUGAGCACAAAAUCAUCACCGGCUCUCGAGAUAAUACAAUUCGGGUGUGGGAUGCUCACACAUACCAGUGCAUCCGCAAACUGGGACCUCCCAACAACCCGCGGGAAAGACAGCAACUUGUACCUCCGCCGGUGGAACCUCAAGGAGUGCUUCCUUUCUUCAAGGCGGAUAUUUCGUCCCCAGAUCCGCCGUCUCUCGAUAGUGGGCUUUGGCACCAAGCAUCGGUCCUGUGUCUACAGUAUGACGAUGAAACUCUGGUGACUGGGUCUUCAGACUUCUCGUGCCUGGUAUGGUCGAUCAAGGAAAACUACCGACCACUUUUCCGCUUGGUCGGGCACCACGCGGGGGUCUUGGAUGUUUGCAUUGAUAAACAACGAAUCGUGACUUGCUCCAAGGACACGACGAUCAAGGUGUGGGAUCGGGUGACCGGCCAGCUCAUUCGGACGCUCGUCGGCCAUCGAGGGCCGGUAAAUGCGGUCCAAGUGCGUGGUAAUCUCCUGGCCAGUGCCAGCGGUGAUGGCAUGUCCAAGCUGUGGCGACUGGAAGAUGGGGUUUGCAUCAAGGAAUUUCAGUCCAAGGACCGAGGGCUUGCGUGUGUCGAGUUUUCCGAGAACGGUCGCACUAUCUUCGCUGGAGGCAACGAUCAAGUGAUCUACGAGUAUGACACUAUGACGGGUGGGCGGAUCCGAGAGCUGAAAGGGCAUCGCGACCUGGUGCGAUCACUCCACUUGGACUCUGCGAACUCACGGAUCAUCAGCGGAAGCUACGACCAUUCAAUCAAAGUGUGGAACGCGGCAAAGGGAGAAUCGGCGGACGACGGUGGACUUCAGAUCAACUUUGAAGGAUGGACGUCGAGUUGGAUCUUGGCCGCGAAAAGCAACUAUCGCAAGAUUGUGUGCACCAGCCAAGAUGGGAGAGUGGUGAUUAUUGACUUUGGAUAUGGCAUCGAUGGCGUGGACCUGGUGGAGGCCUAG